AUUCAGAACUGCUUGACAACGACGUCGUUAAGAAAGUAGCCAUGAAGAAAGUAUCAGAGCGGAUGUUUUAAACAUGGACAUGUCCUACAACGAUACAAUAUCAGAAGAUGAUUUUUUACUUUUACUAGAAGACCGUGCAUUCGUGGACUACUUCAACUUGUAUCAAAGUCUUCCGAUAUUUGGACAGCAUGUGAUAUAUAACUUCAUCGAGAAAGAAUUUUCUUACGAGCCACCAAUCAAAAAGGAGAGAUAUUAUAUCGACCAACGAGAAGUAAUAUGCUGGUUACGUACACACAGAUAUCCAGGAUUUUUGAAAUCAUAUCUUUUCCGAGAAUAUGUAUUCAGUUGUAGACUCCGAGAUAAAGUACAGCAUCUUGAACUAAAAGAAUGCGAUUCCAAAGACCGAAUAUUUACAAGAAACCUUCUUGGCAAUGCAGUUGGCAUGCAGCUUUUUCGUGAAUUCCUAAUUGGAACUGCCGGCGAAAAAUGUUAUCGAUGUUGGCUCGACCUUGAAAGGAUACGACGCAUGCCUGAUGGAGAUGAACGCCGGAAACUGAUGCUGUAUAUACGGAACAUGUAUCUUGCAGAUGGCGCUCCAGAUGAACUUGACAGUGCAGGGAAAUAUGCUGUUUUUGAAGGGAAACUGAAUUUUGAUUUUAUACCCGAAUCACAUAUACAAACGGAACUUAUUAAAACAUUCGGAAGUGGAAAUGUAAUUUAUCGUGUGAAUUCAGACGAGGCCUUUCGUGACUUGCAAAAUAUAAUUAUCUCUGCAAUGAAAGUAUAUUGGGUACCAAGAUAUAUAAUACAUCUAAUGAAAACAGCCCCUAAAAAUUACCUAGACGUUUUGAAUCGAGAGACGCCACAUGAUAGAUUAGCCAUCGAAAAACAACAGCAGAUGAAGUGUAGGUCCUUGUUUCCGACAGAUACCACAAAGCUAGAACUGACUCCAACAAAAGUAAUUGAGUCCAACGUUGCCGGAGAAAUGCCGGAAGUUCAGGAAACACCUAAAUCCGAACGAUCCGAUACAACUCUAACCGAAUCCAGUCUAUCUGAUACAUUAGCCUCGGCUUCAUCCGUUGACUAUUCUUUUAUCGAGGAGGAACCUACUGAUCAUGAUGAACAGGAAGAAAUCUUAAAACACAGUGAUUUUCUGACUAUAGCCGGAGGAGGUCAAUUAGAAAAGCGAUAUGUAUCGCCACCAAAAACGAAAUCAUUAGAUUUUGGUAGUAGUGCUGACCCAAGAGAUCUCACGUCUUCAUUUAAAACAAUGUCCGUUCAAACAGUGACACCACCAUUUACCUUUAUUGGUCGGCUGCCUAAAAUACCGCCAUCUAUGUCAACUUACAUCAGUGGAACGAAACGGAUCAACACUGGUCGGAAGGCUACAGGCAAAGUUAUGAUUGCCCUUGCAGCGGAAAAAUUGGCGGGAAAUCCUUUACAGUCAUAUUUGUAUGAAUCAAGAAAAACUAGAGAAAUAAGAUUGCUGGAGUUUUGGACAGAUGUGAGACAGUAUUUGGAUGCAGACGAUUCACAUAGAGACGAAUUUGGAAAUUUGAUAAGGCGGAAGCUAGCUCACACGAUCUUUAACCAGUAUCUGUCUGCUGGUUGUUAUAACGUGUUGCCAGAGGCUAUGAAAAUGACGGUGUAUAUGAGUAUUACUAGAGAGGAUGAUGCUUCACUGCUCUGUUCUGUUCAAGAUUUUGUAACUGAGAGAUUAAAAGAUACAGUUAAACAGUUUAUGACAGCGGAACGAAAGGCUUUCAGAAAAGCUGUGCGCAUGGAUCGUCGUCUACUAGGAAAAGUAUCUGAAUGUGCAGAAGAUAUGGAACAAUACGAACACAGUCCAUUUCAGGGUAUAACUUCAGACAUUAUAGUGAAAGAUAGUCGCGCAAAGAUUGCACAUGUAUCUGAUUGUAGAUUACCGAGCCGAGCGUCCGAGUCGUCAAUCCCUAUGACACUUACAGACGAACACAUUAUGAAAGCGUUUGAAUUCACUGUUAUACUAACAGAAUACGGAAGGCUUGGUAUUUUCAGUUACCAAACACCUGACAUAUCUAAUGUUAUAGAUGUGUUGUAUAGUGACUAUGGCAGUCUUCACAUUCACAAAAUAGCAACAACUAGAAAUACAAAACUUAACCAGCUGACAAGUAAACAUAAGAUAAACAUAGGUAAUAUAAAAGUGUCAAGACAGGUAUUUUUGGAGGGAAAAGGUUUUAGAGGAAGGGCUGAAUGUGAUAAACCGAAGGGUGUCAGACGUAUUGUCAGGAGAGAGGGAAUGGUAAUAGAAAGACCUGCAAAACCACGAACAUUUUCAGAAGUGUUAAAUUCUCAGCUUCAUUAUGAAUUCUUUAAAAGAUUUAUGAUGGGAGAGAAAACGAUUCAUCCUCUUUCAUUCUGGAAAAGUAUAGAGGAACUUAGAGAUAUGCCUCUUGGGCGAAAGCGUCAAGCUAGGACCAGAAAUAUCAUAAGAAGAAACUUUAGCAAGAAAGCAAAACACGGUGCUUUUUUAGACUGUAAUGACGAUAUUGUGAAACAGAUCCCAUUCAUGGAAAAGGUUCCUGUGAGUGUUCUAGAAUGUGCUCAAGCUAGUGUCUUCAGGUCUAUGGAAAAGAAAUGGUUUCCAAGGUAUUUAGCGACAUACCCCCCAGAUCCUGGCGAGGAGGCACCGCCAGAAAUCCAAGCCUUAAGUAAGGAAAACUUAGAAAAUAUAGAAGAAAAACCGAAAAAGAAAAAGAAACAAAAAACGCUUGUUUUGUGGCAGAAAUUUGUGUCAACUAUCAUGGGUUUCCUGAGGUCAAUAAGACAGGAUGAUGAGAUAAAACUGCUGAAUUUAUUUUUGAAAAAGCAAAUUCAGAAGGCAUUGAUUCGACAAAUGAAACAAUAUCAAGCUCUGUUCAAAAAUGAAGCGGACAAAGAGAAAGUUAAUCCAUCCAAUGCCCAAUUUGAAGCUCGAAUUCUACUGAAGAACAGACUUGUAAUUUUAGACAAGUUACCGGGUGAUUUGAGAUUUUUUGGUGAAGUUACAAAGUAUGUUGGACAGGUGGAUCAUAUCUAUUCACUUGAAAACAUAUCACAGGAAAGCAUGGAUUUUUUAAAUGACAAAGCAAAGGAAAUGGUCAACUGUUUUUUAGUUUCUGACAUACUUCCUCGAAACCAGCUCAACAUUCCCGAAGAAUUGGCACAAGCUAUAAUCUUAUCAUUAGAAAAUGAAGGAGCAACCAGAGGAUUAUUCCAUGAUGCCUUUAUCUUGAUUUUUCCUAUACUUUAUCAUUAUUGGAGACAGUGUCAAAGGAAAUGGCUGAAACAUCAUACUGCGUCUGAGCUAAUAGGUUUGAUAGAAAAGAAAAACAAAAUGCGAGAGAAACCUACAACACCAAACAAAUGUAUUGAAGUUCCGGACUUCUUAAGAUUGAGGGAAUCACAGAUGAAGAUUGCAACCCAAUUCAUGCCAGGUGAUGAACAGUUUAUCAUUAAUUUCUCCCUUCUUGAUGGCUGUAAGAAGUUUAUACCUGUACCUAAAGUGCAACAAAUGAGUAGUAAAGACCGUAGAAGCGUAAUGGGCAGACGCACUAGUAUGAUGGGAAGACGAACUAGUCUAUUGGGAAGACGUACGAGUCUGUCUAUGAAACAGUCUUCUAAAAGUAUCCGUGGAAGUGAGACUACAAUCAGUGAUACAUCUCCAACAAAAGAAAGUGAAAAAGAGAAAUCAGUAUCAAAAUCAAUAUCAACGUUGAUGAAGAAAAUGCAAGCUUUAGCUGAUGAGGGUAGUCCAGGGUCCAAAUCUCCAGCCAGUGAUAAGGCUAAUUCUGUAGAUGAUCUAAUCGAGAAAUCGGCACAUCCCCCAAGUCGGGUUAAAAAAAUGAACGAUCUUGUUUCAGCUGCUGUUCAAGAUGACAUUGAUGAAGAUCUUUUUGGUGAUGAUUAAAGCUAUAUGACAA